UACGUUCCAGCCAAGGGGGAGAGCGUGAUCGGCAUCGUACCUGCCAAGUCAGGUGACAUCUUCAAGGUGGAUUUAGAGGGGAGUGAGCAAGUGUCACUCUCCUACCUGGCCUUCGAGGGGGCUACCAAGAGGAAUAGACCUAAUGCGCAGGUCAGUAUUGUUACAAACGCCUCUUUAUACUUCCAGGUGGAAUGACCCUUUACCUUGAACAACAUGUCGUUCAAUUGAAAGUUUGAUGUCACUAGUCUUUCUCAAUUUUGUACCCGUGGUGCCAUUGCAGGUGGGGGACCAGGUGUGCUCCCAGUUUAUCAUUGCCAACAAAGACAUGUGUCUAGACAGCUGUGGACGAGCCAAUGGGGAUGGGGGUGUUUGGAGCCAGCAGGCUUCUCUUCAAGGUAUCCCUGAGACUUGUACACAGGUAUGUCAUAAUAAUAAGAGUAGUCCACGGUGAUUUUGCAAGUGCUCUUAUUCAAAACCGCAUUACAGUUAACACACAUAUUCAGCAUAUGAUCUACAUUUCUAUCUGAACAUUCUGUAAUGUUGCACCACUGAACACAACCCUGGUUCUAAAUAGUAAUGGUCAUCUCUCCAUUCAGGCUGCUGGCGCCCCAGAGUGUGAUAGCCAAGGACCUGGAAAAAUAUGUCCCCUUUGAGAUGGUGGUGGGGAUGAACGGGCACGUGUGGGUCAAGGCCAAGUCCAUCCAGCAGACCCUCAUCGUAGCCAACCCGCUGAAGAGCUGUGAGAACAUUACGGCCCAGCAUGAUGGGAGGAUGGCCGACGGAUCCUUUUAG